AUGAGCGAUUCGAAGUGGGUCUGGAUCCCAGACAAGGCGUCCACCUUUGCUAUGGCCGAGUUGAUUAAAGAGGAAGGCAGUGUAGCGACGGUAAAAGGGCCCUCAGGAACGCUAGAGGAAUUGCCGCUGGCCCAAAUCGACAAAGUGAACCCGGCUCAGUUCGAUCGCGCCAACGAUAUUGCAGAGCUUACUUUCUUGAAUGAGGCUUCUGUACUACACAACUUGAGCGCUCGCUAUUCCCACGACGAAAUCUACACAUACUCUGGCCUGUUUUUAGUGGCUGUUAAUCCUUACAAGAACAUUCCAAUUUACGAUGAAGAGGCAAUCAAAAAAUACGAGGCGAAGCGGCGUGAAGAAGCCGCCCCACACAUUUAUUCCAUUUCAGACGUCGCUUAUCGCCAGCUGCUUCAAACCAAGCACGAUCAAAGUAUCCUAAUUACUGGCGAAAGCGGUGCAGGUAAAACGGAGAACACGAAACGAGUGAUCCAGUAUUUGAGUGCCAUCACAAGCAAGAAUAACCUCGACGGAAUCGACAAACGGAUCUUGGAAACCAACCCGGUGCUUGAAUCUUUUGGUAAUGCCCAGACGGUACGCAAUAAUAACUCUUCGCGGUUCGGCAAGUUUGUGAGAAUUGAGUUUUCAGAUGCAGGUGCAAUCUGUGGUGCUUCCAUUGAAUGGUACCUACUCGAAAAGAGUCGAGUGAUCACCCAGUCCGCCGCUGAGCGCAACUACCACAUUUUCUACCAACUAUUAUCGGGCGCUUCUAGCAACCUGAAAGAUAAACUGCUCAUAUCUCAUACCGAGAAACCUGCAGAUUUCGCCUACCUCGCGAAAAGCGCCCAUUCUAUUGAUGGGGUCGAUGAUGCUCAUGAUUUCAAGCGCCUGUUGGAGGCCUUCAAAACUGUCGGUAUGUCUGAAGACGAAACAAAUGCAAUCUUCGUCAUCGUUGCUGCGGUUCUUCAUCUCGGCAAUAUUGAGUUCAAGAAUGAGUCUUCCGACCAAGGACGUUUCGGCAAUGCCGCCCAAGUGGAAAAAGUUUGCAAGCUUUUGGGCUUGUCCCCUGACCUGUUCACAAAAGCUGUACUUAAACCUAAGAUCUUGGCUGGUCGUGAGGAGGUGGUACAAGCUCGAUCAAGUACCCAGGCCAAGCUUUCUAUUGAUGCACUUUCUAAAAGCCUCUACGAACGAUUGUUUGGUCAUCUCGUGUCAUUACUGAAUGCUAAGCUCAAAGGUGGUGCUCAAAAUGCCACUUCAUUUAUUGGUGUCUUGGAUAUUGCCGGUUUCGAGAUCUUUGACACAAACUCUUUUGAGCAGCUGUGCAUCAAUUACACAAAUGAGAAACUUCAGCAAUUCUUCAACCAUCACAUGUUUGUUCUCGAACAGGAAGAAUACGUUGCUGAAAAGAUCGAGUGGGAUUAUGUUGACUAUGGCGCCGACUUACAGCCCACAAUUAAUCUUAUUGAAAAAACUAAUCCCAUGGGUAUCUUUAGCUGCCUGGAUGAAGACUCGGUUAUGCCCCGAGCGACUGAUGCUACGUUCACGGACAAAUUGGCUGAGCGCUGGAAGGAUAAGAACCCUAAGUUCCAACCAAGUCGCUUGGCCAAGGGCUUCGUCGUGUCGCAUUAUGCUGGUGAUGUCGAAUAUCAGACUGAUGGCUGGUUGGAGAAAAACAAAGACCCUCUUAGCGAGCCAAUCACCGAGCUUUUGCAGGUAUCUUCCAACAAGUUGGUAAAACUCCUUUUUGCCCAAGCGCCAACUUCAGAAAGUGCCUCUCGUCGCCGUAAUAGCAUGCUUCGCACAGUUGCCCAACGUCACAAGGAACAACUGAGCCACCUCAUGUCAACGUUGAGUAAAACAAACCCCCACUUUGUUCGUUGUAUCAUUCCCAAUAAAGAGAAAAAGCCUGGUAAACUUCUGAACGCUCUUGUUCUAGAUCAGCUUCGAUGUAACGGUGUUCUGGAAGGUAUUCGUAUCGCACGCAGCGGUUUCCCUAACCGUCUUGAUUUCGCGGAUUUCAGAGCUCGCUAUCAGCCACUGGCGGAGAACCCCGACCGUUUCGAAUAUGUUGAUGGUCAAAGAGCGUGCUCGAUGAUUCUAAAGGAUCUUAAUUUCGAUACCAGUCUCUACAAAGUCGGUCUGUCAAAGGUAUUUUUCAGGAAUGGUGUUCUCGCAGAGCUUGAGAGCCGACGUGAUGACCUGAUUAAAGAAAAACUUACAGCCAUCCAGUCAAUUAUUAGAGCAAAAUCUGCGCGGAAGCUGUAUGAGAGGAGCCUGUUCCGCAGAAAUGCCGCGGAAAUAAUUGCCAAGACAUUUAAAACAUACUCUGCGAAUGUGGACGACCCUUGGUGGCAGAUGCUCGCGAGUAUGAGACCUUUGUUGACCUCAGCCACCUCUCUUGAAGCCAACCGACGUGACAUGCGUAUACAAAAGCUUGAAGAAACCCUUCAAAAGCUUCGUCAAGAACAUCAAGAAUUCGAGAAAAUGUCCUCCUCAAAAGCAACUGCCCUCGUCGGAGAGAAUGACUCGCUGCGUGGAGAGAAGGCUAAGCUGGAAGAAAAGCUUGAAAAGGCUUCUAAGAAGCAGAAGAUGUUGGCGGACCAGUUAAAGGAGGGUGCGGUAAUGAUCCAGACCUUGAGUGCCCGACCCGAACAAGAUCAGUUGGAUUCGAUCCAAAAGAAGUAUAAUGAUCUUGAUUCUGUGCACCAAAAGCUGGUUAGCGAUCAUAAAGAGCUUGAAAUCGAUAUCAAGCGCUUGAAUACCCAAAUCUCAGAGCUGCACGUAGCCCACUCAGAUGCACUAGCCGAGCGCGACAACCGACUCUCAUUGUUGGAAAAGGAGCUGGCGGCUCUUCGUGGAGAUUCAAAGGCUCUUGCAUGUUUAAAGGCGGAGCUUGAAACUGCCAAGGCUGCUAUUGACGAACGGACCAAGGCACUCGCUCAGCAGAAGGAGACUCAAAAGUCCGAACUCACUAAAGUAGCUGAGCUUCAUCAAGGUGAACUUCAGGGACUGACGGCAUCCCAUCAGACAGCGAUGGGUUUGCUCGCCAAAGAGCAUGCUGAAGCCGUUGAAAAGUUGAAGGAGCAACAUCUGGCUGAGAUGAACAAACUUCAAACCCUUCUCAAGGAGCAAGAAGAGUCGCAUUCCAAAGCCACUGCUACGCUCAUGGAAAGCCAUGAAGCGAAACUAGCUGAAGCUGUAGCAUCUGCCAGUGCUAACAAGUCUAUUGAGAAUGAGCUCGUGCAGGUUAAAAACCAGCUUGACGAAGUGUGUGGAAAACUUGCAACUGCCGAAAAGGAGGCUUCAUCCUCGAAAUGUAAACUUCUCUCUUUGAAUCAAAACCUCGCUGAUAAAGAGAACACUCUGGCAAGGGUCAAGACUAAUGCAGGCAGAGCGGCUAAUGAACUGCUUGCAGCACACAAAGAGAUUGAGGAUUUGAAGAAAGCCAGCGCUGAUAUCAGCGAGCUUGAAGCGAUCAAGGCUUCUAAGAAGCAGCUCGAAAUGGACCUGCAUAUUGCGACCGUUGAGCUCGAAACCUAUCGCAAGAACACCAAGACCGAAUCGACCAAGCUCAAGCUGGACAAGCAGCGCCUUGAGAAAGAGGUGGAAAACCUACGCAUAGGGUUCAACCAGCAGAGCAAUCUGAAACGCGACCUUGAUCGCAAAAGCGCACGCAUUGGUCUCGUGGAUGAUCUGGAACAAACCAACGCUGACCUCGAGAUUGAAACGAACCAGGUUAGAGCUGAUCUUGCAAAUGCCAAGCAAGAGAUCCAGUCUUUGCGCAAAGAGCUUGCUCAAGCCGCGGUAUACAAGCAGCGGCUUGAAAAGGUUCAGCGGGAAAAAGCUGCGGCUAUGGAAGCCAACAGUCGACUCAUGUUCAGUGCCCAAAACAACAGUAAUAUUCCUAAAGAGCUGGAGCUCGAGCGGGCUAAAGCGUCCGAGGCUAAGAAGUUGCAGAGCGAGAUCAAGGUGCUGAAGCUGCAGCUGUGCAAGAGCGAACGCGAACGUAAGGUUGCCGAAGCACGAUAUCCCGAGGCCCAACUUCUCGCAGAAAGGAAUCAUGCGGUGAGGUCUAAUCUCGACUUGCAAGAGAAGGUCAAGCAGCUGGAGUUUGAUAAAGCCCAGCUCAAAGAUCAGUUGACUAUGAUUCGGCCGUCGAGUACGGAGCGUAAAUCAAGUCUCAAACUUCAGCGAGAACUCAAAUACGCUCAAAAUGAGAUUGACAGUCUCAAGUCUGAGCAACGCGGUGGUAACCUGCACGUCCCCAAGCAGCGAGCUUUGAGAACCAUGUCUGGAAACGAGCAGCAUUCCGGUUCACGCAAGCUUCCGGUUAUCCCGUCUUCUGAGGACCAUAUUCAGGCCGAUCUUGAGGUGUAUCUGGAGACCCAAAUCAGUCGCAACAAGGAGCUCUCUGAGUCUGUUGAGCUGUAUAAGAAACGCAGCGAGGAGUUCCGCAACAAGCUGGAGGGAGUUGAGGUGAUUGUACGACAGGCUCAGCUCGCCGAGGAGAGUGCCAAAAAGCAGCUUCUCGAACAACGCCGUAAAGCAGCUGCUAUGGAAGCCGACUACGAGUCUGAGCUUAAGGUGGUGCAGAGUGGUAUCGACCAGCUCCGCAAGGAGCUUGCCGCGCGCCAGAUAGAGCCUGCUUCCAAGGACACUAUAACCGCCUUGACUCCUGAGCAAGCUCUGGCAAUGAAGACUACGGUGGACGAGCUGACUGCCGAGCGCGAAAGAUUGUUGGCCGAUAAACAGAGGCUGGAGAAGCGGGUCACAGAGCUGGGAGUUCCCCGGGGACCGACGGGCCAAAACAUGGUAUCUCAGCUGCAAGAAAAGCUUUUGGCGACCCAGAACGACUGGAAAACCCAGCAGCGGUACGCCAAUGACUUGCGCUGGCAGGUCGAGCGUAAAGAAAAGCUUGUCGAGAAACUGCGCAGCACUAUUGCUGAAGGGGACAUGAACUCGGAGCAGUUGCGGGAGAAGAUCGACGAGCUCGAAGCAAACGACGCUGCUCGAGAAGUCGCCAUGCGUCGGGCAAUUCGCGAAGCUAAUGAGGCCAGAGAGCAGAAGCUGCGCCUGGAAAAAGAGCUCGAAAACCUCAAGACGAGAAUGGAACUCUCGCGGAACGCAUCCCGUGUGUCCCGCGCCUCGGUCGCUUCUAAAUCCGGCUUCGUCUUUGUCUAG